CACAAAACCACAAUAAAAAUAAAUCUUCAACCCAUAAUAAAAACAUACAGAAGGACACAAACAAAAAGUUGAGAGCCGGAGGCAUGCAAUUGUGCCGAUGAGAGAAUGGAUUGUCGAUUGAUGAUAUCAGAGCACUACCUAAUGCGGUGGCCUGAAUGUAGAUGCGGUCGGCUUAAAGCGCGCUCGUCGACGGCGCUUAAGGCAACGACGAGUUCAGGGGCAUGGAAGAGGGCAGUGGCGUCGAGGGCCGUGCAGGCGAACCCAUCCGCGACGAAGGCCACUAGCGAGGGAGGCUUCACCGAUGGGAAGGACUGCGGGAACCUGCUGGGUUGCUACUCUCCGACGGAUAGAGAGAUCAGAGAUGAAUAAAAUCUUACCCAAAAGGAAGUUAGCUUGACUAUUGGGAUUCGCACCACAAAAUUGCACACGUUUUACCUGGCUUAAAUCACGGCAUGACAUCAGCUAAUAAAAGCAAAUUAUAAAAAUGCGCCUAACAAUAAAACACCUUGAUUUGC